AUGACAGACGCCCCACCAACAGCAUCCAUCCCCUCCAACGCCCGCGCCCGCCAACUCCGCGCAUGCCUCCUCUGCUCCAUUAUCCAAUCCCCCGUCGACUUCCGCCGAAACGGCUGCCCCAACUGCGAAGAAAUCAUGCAAAUGAAACAAUCGCAGGACCGAGUCCUCGCAUGCACGACUACUCAUUUCGAGGGUGUCAUCGCUGCUAUUGACUCUGAGGCUAGUUGGGUGGCGAGAUGGCAGAGGACUUCGAAAUAUGUUCGAGGGAUGUAUGCCGUCCGCGUAAAGGGGAGAAUACCAGACGACGUCGACCAGGAGCUUCAGGAACGCGGCAUUCGCUAUCGUCCAAGGGACCAAACAGAUCAGGACUGAUGCUCAUAACUUUCCUUUACUUUCUGGCUCUUCACAAGCUUUGUUUUUGAUGUCACUAUCCAGUUGUAUUUCAUGGGCAUUCGCAAUCUACGUGUUUUCUAUUAGUCGAUUCAGGAUUCGCAAGCGGCUGGUUUUGAUACAAAGAUUCGAUACAGUGAAUAUCAAGC